AUCAUGGCAGCAACUAUGCACGAAGGAACUGCCCCAUUUCAGUAUGAGCACCUCCCCAGACCCGCGCAGACCUGGUAUCGCGUGUACGGCGAUCUCACGGUCGGCACCCCCUUGGUGGUGCUGCACGGGGGCCCAGGGUUCUGCCACAACUACCUGCUGCCCCUGGCCGACCUCGCCGGCCCCCAGCGGGCGGUGAUCCUGUACGAUCAGAUCGGAAACGGGCUGUCGACGCACUACCCGGAGAAAGUCGGCGAUCAGGGGUUCUGGACGGUCGAGCUGUUUGUCGCCGAGCUGGCCAACCUGCUCGCCCACCUGGGGCUCGCGGCCGGCCGCCCCUUCGAUCUCCUGGGCCACUCGUGGGGAGGCAUGCUGGGCGCCGAGUUCGCCAUCCGGCGGCCGGCGGCGGCGGCGGGGGGCCUGCGGCGCCUCGUGCUCUCCAACGCCCCGGCCUCGGUGUCGCUGUGGUUGGAGUCCGUGAACGGGCUCCGCGCGACGUUACCGGCGGACGUGCAGGCGACGCUGCAGCGGUGCGAGGCUGAGGGGCGGCUCGACUCGAAGGAGUACGAGGACGCCACCAUGGUCUUCCUGUCGCAGUUCUCCUGUCGGGUGGACCCCUGGCCGCAGGAGUUUGUGGAUAGUAUCGUCUGGGCCACCGAGACGGAUCCCACCGUUGCGUCUACCAUGCUGGGCCCGUCCGAGUUCUGGAUCGAGGGCAACCUGAAGGAUUGGAGCGUGCUGGAUCGUCUACAUGCGAUCCGGGUGCCCACGCUGCUGAUCAACGGGAAAUAUGACGAGGCCCAGGAUAGUACCGUCGAGCCGUUCUUCUGGGCCAUCGAUAAGGUGAAAUGGGUGACUUUGGCGGAGAGCUCCCACUGUCCGCAGUUUGACGAGCCGGAAAAAUAUCUGCAGGUCAUCCGGGACUUUUUGGGCGCUCGGUAG